AUGAUUGAUGCUUCUGUGCCAUUCAAUGCAGUUAAUUCUGCAUACUUUCAACCUAUGAUUAAUUCUGUUUGUGUCAUGGGUUCAGGGUAUAAAGCUCCAAACUUUUAUAGAGUUCGUGGUUUCUUAUUGAAUAAAUGGGUUGAUGACACAAAGAAACUUGUUGAGAGUUAUCGUGAAGUGUGGAAGCAAACUGGUUGCACUCUUAUGGCAGACGGGUGGACUGAUUGGUGUAGGAGGUCCCUUAUUAAUUUCUUGGUCUAUUGUCCUAAAGGCACUGUUUUUCUCAAAUCAAAUGAUGCUUCUCAGUAUUCAAAAACAGCUGAAAUGCUUUUUAAGCUCUUUAAGGAAGUUAUUUUAUAUAUUGGCCCUGAAAAUGUUGUUCAAGUUGUGACAGAUAAUGCUGCAAACUAUGUUGCUGUUGGCAGGUUAUUAGAGGCUGAGUUUCCCAAGUUAUAUUGGUCUCCUUGUGCUGCACACUGUGUUAAUUUGAUGUUCCAAGACAUUGGGAAGCUAGAGGAAGUAGCAGAGACUGUGUCCCAAGCUUCUAAUAUUACCAAGGACAUUUAUAAUCACUGCUUUGCAUUGAGUUUGAUGAGAAAGCAUACAGAUAAUAGGGAAAUUCUUCGUCCAGCCCCAACUCGCUUUGCUACUAAUUUUAUUGCAUUUCAGAGUAUUUUGGCUCAAAUGGAAGUGUUAAGAGCCAUGGUGGUAGAUAAGGCAUGGACAACCUCAACCUAUGCUAGAGAUACCGAGGCAAAGAAAUUUGUGGAGCAAGUCUUAGAUUCUGGGUUUUGGAAGAAAUGUGCUGAUAUUGUGAAUCUAACUGAGCCACUUGCUAGAUUGUUGCGUCUUGUUGACAGUGAAGAUAAACCUGCCAUGGGUUUUCCUUACCAAGCUUUUUACAAAACUAGAGAGGAGAUGGUGAAGAGGUUCCAAAGAAAUAAGAAGAAAGUGGAGCCUUACUUGAAAAUCAUAGAUAGUCGUUGGGAUUCUCAGCUUCGUAAGAAUCUUCAUGCUACAGGUUAUUGGUUAUAUCCAGGCUGUCGGUUAAAUCGUGAUGAACUUGAUAAGCAUGAGUCCACAAUAUCUGGCCUUUUAGAUGUCAUUGAUAGGUAUUCUUCUGGAGAUAUUAAGUUGAAUGAUAGGUUGACAAGUGAGAAGAGAUUAUUCAAAGAUCCUGAGUUAGAUUUUGGAAGAAAAAGUGCUAUUCGUGAAAGAAGUAAAGUUAUGCCAGAUCAAUGGUGGGAAUCUUAUGGAUGUGGCACACCAAGUUUGCAAAAGAUGGCUAUCCGUAUUUAA